AUGCAGUUCCAGGAAUCGGGACAGAAGGACACCUUCUUCAAUCAGGAUAACAUGGUCUUCUCUGUAGCCAACCUCUUUGCUGCAGGCACUGAUACUACUGGGACCACGCUGCACUGGGGCCUCCUGCUCAUGGCCAAGUACCCACACAUACAGGAUCGGGUCCAUGAGGAGAUUGACAGGGUGAUCGGUGGCAGACAGCCAGUGGUGGAGGACAGGAAGAGCCUUCCCUACACUGAUGCAGUGAUCCACGAGACCCAGAGGAUAGGCAACAUCGUGCCCAUGAGCAUUCCACACAUAACCAGCUGCGAUGUUGACUUCCAAGGAUACUUCAUCAAAAAGUCUAGGUUAAUCUAUGUCUAUGGGUCCAAUCCCUACACGUUCCACCCAGAACACUUCCUGGAUGACCAGGGACGCUUCGUCAAGAGAGACGCCUUCAUGCCCUUCUCAGCAGGUCGCCGAGUGUGUCUGGGAGAGAGUUUGGCGAAAAUGGAACUCUUCAUCUUCUUCGCCUCUCUCCUUCAACGCUUCCGCUUCACUGCGCCCCCUGGUGUCUCCGAGGAUGAACUGGACCUCACUCCAUUGGUGGGAUUCACAUUGAACCCCUCUCCUCACAAGCUCUGUGCAGUGGACCGCCUUUGAGUUUUGGCAUGAACAGAGGAACUUUUUCUUUCCACAUGUUGGAGAGUGAACACCCUUUUACAACACUGAUAUGACAAAUGUACAUAAGUAUUUAUUUAGAUAGUGCUUUUUUUCUGUCCUGAGGAUCGGCACAUUUACUGAGGGAGAGUCUUUUCUUUCUAAAUCUGAGUUGACGCAAUUGAGUUAUUAGCUGCUCCUUAUUUUGUUAAUGAUGUGUUUG